AACAAAAGGAUAACGGUAUCAAAUAUAUGAUUCUGCAUUACGGUUAAAUCAAGUCAAUUUCAAAAACAAAAAUAUAAAAUGCUGCAUACAAAACCAACCAAGAUGAUUGUAAAAAGUGUUUGCGCUCUAGAGACGGCACAGACGACUUUCCCCUUCGUUUAAAAGUCGCGCGGUUACCAGCUCUCAAAAAUGUGUGCGUCGUCAUAGGUUGUAUAUACAGGAUGAGACCUUACAAAAUCUGAACAGUCAAACUUUACAUAAAAAAUUCAAAUUGUGCUUGUGAAUAUGUAUAUCUAUGGCAACAAAACGCCAAGAUUUCCUUUUAAUUGACAUGUAUACACGAAAUGACGUUAAUAAACGACUUCUGGCCAGGGAAACUGUUGUCCACAAUGAAAAGGAAUACUUGGGCCAAUUGAAUGGGUAUCGCGACGAUGAAUAUAGGCUCUACAAAGAAAAGAGGUGCCAAUUUCUGAACGCGGCUAAUUUGUACAAGGAAUGCAAUAAAACGGCCAUUUACGCGAACAAAAUUAAAUUGGACGAGCAUACGAACGAUAUUUUACGCUAUGAUCGCAAGGAAGAUCGUGAAGAUAGCUCUAGGGAGAGGUCUUCGUCAGGUAGUUUGCUUAGAAAGCGUUCUUACCGUCACAUACACGAAAGCAAUUUUAAUGGUGUCGUCGUAUGUCAGCUCGAACCGUGGUUUGUACGCUACUUGAAAUUGUGCAAAUUUAUUUACGCAGCAAGGACCAUUAUUGUCUACAAUCGUCUAUUGCGAAAUUUGAGAAUUUUGAAGACUUGGGAUGAAAGCAGCGUGGAGGCGCUUGAAAAGCAGCCGACUAGGCGAUACGACAACGUUUCCUAUCCACACGUUUUCGAAAAAUUCCUUUAAUAAAUUAAACACAAAACGAUUAACAUUUAAA